AUGGUAUUUGAUAUCCACCAUACCAUAUCCAUUCCUACAAUCAGAUCAUCUUUAAGGAGAGUUAUCUAUAAAUCAGGGACAAAGCCAGAGAUUAAAGCGAUACUCUUUAAGAUUCAUGCAAGAUCCCAUCGGGUGAUUGAUCGUAUUAUUCCUUCGGCAGCGGACACGGUGAAACGGCCUCAACAAGAGGAGGAGAAAGAACUGUGGUCCACCCUAGACGCCAUCAUUCUCCAAUGGCUUUACGCUACUAUCUCUCAUGAUCUUUUGCAUACAAUUCUUGAACCCGACACCACGACAAUAGAGGCUUGGAAUCGCUUGCGUGACAUAUUUCAGGAUAACAAACACUCUCAUGCUGUCACCCUUGAGUACGACUUCACUCAUGUCGACAUGACAGAUUUUCCGAAUGUCUCUGCCUAUUGCAAACAUCUCAAAUCUCUGACGGAUCAACUCAAGAAUGUCGACUCCCCGAUCGCUAAUGAUCGACUAGUUCUUCAACUGGUCUCUGGCCUUACCGAGCCCUACCAAGGUGUGACCACUCUUAUUCGCCAACAUGACCCGUUGCCUCAAUUUUAUCAUGCCCGUUCAAUGCUCACUCUUGAGGAGGUUGGUCGUGCUAAGAAAGUGGCCCAAAGCUCUUUUCCUGCCUUAGUUGCUCGCUUGUCUGAGGGUCCUCUUAAUGUUCCUGAUAAUUUAUCUUCCAACCGCAAUUCUAAUGGUGGAAAGAAGAACCACAAUCGAAGAAAUAAUGGGGGAAAAUAUCGCGGCAACAAUGGUGGUCGUGGAGAUGGCAAAUGA